UCAGGAAGCCAUUGAGAAGCUGUGCACCAUGACUGAGCCUGUGCUGAGCUCCCUGAGAUCCCUGGGCAGCAUCUCUGGGCUCCUGCUAGUGGCUUCCCUGCUCAGCCUGGUUCUGCUGCUUCUCAAGGCAGCCCAGCUCUACCUGAAGAGACAGAGGCUGCUCAAGGUCUUUGAGCAGUUCCUGUCGCCUCCCUCCCACUGGUUCUAUGGACACUCCAGGGAGUUCCAAGAGGAUCAGGAGCUACAGGUGUUACUGAAAUGGGCAGAGAAGUUCCCAUGUGCCUUUCCUCGUUGGCUGUGGGGGACGAGGGCCCACCUGAUGGUCUAUGACCCUGACUACAUGAAGGCGGUUCUUGGGAGAUCAGAUCCAAAAGCUCUUCAUGGUUCCUACAGACUCACUGUUCCCUGGAUUGGGUAUGGUUUGCUCCUGCUGAAUGGACAGCCCUGGUUUGAACACAGGCGGAUGCUGACCCCAGCCUUCCACUACAACAUCCUGAAGCCCUAUGUGGGGACCAUGGCUGACUCUGCUCGAGUGAUGCUGGACAAAUGGGAAGAACGCAUCAGCCAGAACUCCCAUCUGGAGAUCUUUGAGCAUGUCUCCUUGAUGACCCUGGACACCAUCAUGAAGUGUGCCUUCAGCUACCAGGGCAGUGUCCAGACAGACAGGAGCUCCCAAUCCUACAUCCAGGCGAUCAUAGACCUAAAGAACCUGUUUUAUUCCCGACUGAGGAACGUCUUUUACCAUAAUGACCACCUCUAUGGACUGACCGCUGAAGGCCGCAGGAACUACCGUGCCUGCCAGGCGGCCCAUGAACACACAGACCGAGUGAUCCGGCUGAGGAAGGCUCAACUGCAGAAGGAGGGAGAGCUGGAGAAGGUCAGACAGAAGAGGCACCUGGAUUUCCUGGACAUCCUCCUCUUUUCCAGAAUGGAGAAUGGGAGUAGCUUGUCUGACAAGGACCUCCGUGCAGAGGUGGACACAUUCAUGUUUGAGGGUCAUGACACCACAGCUAGUGGCAUCUCGUGGAUCCUGUAUGCUCUGGCUUCCCACCCUGAGCAUCAGCAGAGGUGCCGGGAGGAGAUCCAGAGCCUCCUAGGGGAUGGUGCCUCCAUCACCUGGGACCACCUGGACCAGAUGCCCUACACCACCAUGUGCAUCAAGGAGGCACUGAGACUCUAUCCUCCAGUACCAGGCAUUGGCAGGGAACUCAGCAAGCCCAUCACCUUCUCUGAUGGACGAUCCUUACCCAAAGGAGUCAUAUUGUCUCUCUCCAUUUAUGCUUUGCACCACAACCCGAAGGUUUGGCCAAACCCAGAGGUGUUUGAUCCUUUUCGUUUUGCACCUGGUUCUGAUCGGCACAGUCAUGCUUUCUUGCCCUUCUCAGCAGGGUCAAGGAACUGCAUCGGGAAACAGUUUGCUAUGAACGAGAUGAAGGUGGCUGUGGCCCUGACUCUGCUCCGCUUUGAGCUGAUGCCGGAUCCCUCCAGGGUCCCCAUUGGCAGCUCAAAAAUUGUGUUGAUGUCGGAGAAUGGAAUUCACCUGUAUUUGAGAAAUAUCCAGGGAUCCUUGUGUAAGAAGGACAGGAUUUGAUCCUUUGUUUCUAGGCUAUCUUUCCCUGUGUGUUUCCAUUUGUCCUGCCAGUUUGGUCUUGUAUCAACUUCCUCUGGCUACUAUAACUGGAUUACAGUAAAAUUUUCCCUCAAAGACAGUGAAGACGUUAGACGGUUAUGUUCACUCUAUUCCUUGAUACUCUGUCACUUGUGUGCUAUGAUAUAAAGGAGAUAUUUUAAAUAUAUUUUUAACAUAUUAUUAAUAUGUUAGAUUUUAGAGGAUAAUGGAAGAAAAGAUCAAAUGCACUUAUCUGCACAUCCCAAACAGGCAUAUUUGUAACAAAUAAAUCAAAAGUACUUUUAACAA